AGCCUGGUUGUCCGCAGGGUUCAAAAAUAAAGGCACUGUCCUCCCAACCAAAGCAUCGCCUCUAUUAUUUAAUAAUUGUCCAAGCCCUGCCAUGUUGGGGCAGGUGUACCAGUCGGGCUUCAUCUCGCUGCUUUACAGCGUCGGCCCGCGGCCGCUACAGCUGUGCGAGAAACACGAGGAGGUGCCUGGAAGUAUACGACGCGUGCUUGAUGAAGAUGUGCAGUCAUCCGUAGUGGAGCUUUUAGCUGACAACCUCGUGUAUACUUGGCUGCGGAUUCCUUAUGGUGGACAUGAGCAGCAGCAAGAGCCGUUGCUGGCGUUGCCUUCGUUGCAUAUUCGACUGCGGCACCUGGUCCUGGUGCUCAAGAACCUCGACCAGCACGUAUCGCUAGAGGUUCACGUGGCAGACGACCGUGGCUCAAGAAGACGUUUCCGCUUCUCCACGUUCCAAAAGAAGAGUAUCGUGCACUCUCAACUUGCUCUACUGCCGCUACACCUGGACAGCGGCUGGAAUCAACUGCAGUUGGACUUGGACGAGCUUAUGCAUAGUUGCUACAAUGUCCGAUACGGACAUGCGAUUAGUGUACAGCUUCACGCGACCUGCCGAGUACGCCGGAUCUACUUUGCUGAAAAAAUGUACUCUGAAGCGCAACUACCGCCCGAGUUUCGGCUGUUCAAGCGGCUUAGCAAGGGGCAGAUGCAACGAUUUCGCGAGCAUGAUCGGCAAAGGAGGAACACACAAGCGAGUAGCAAGUGAUUCCAAGCACUUGUUUUGAUCAGCAACACAUAACACAGCUUUGCUUUCAUGUG